AUAGCGCGAAACUUCAAGUUUUACUUCAGGCAUACUUUAACAGAUGAAAUGUCUUGUUCUAGUUGCUGUGGUGCCAAAACAAAGGUAUUGCCGUUUGAGGGUGGUGAUGAUGAAGAUGCAGGAAGCACAUUUGGACCACUAGACCAAAGGGAAUGUCGAGACGUUAUAUUUUUGAUUAUUUUCAUAGCUUUCCUUGGUGGUGUGGGAGCAAUUGGUUAUCUCGGCAUCAACCAUGGAAAUCCCUACCGGCUUAUUUAUGGCACUGACAGUUAUGGAAAUACUUGCAACCAGCCCAAUGAUCCAAUCCCAAAUGUCAAUCUAUCUGGAUGGGACCUAUCAGGAAAAUCGAAGGUAUUUUUCUUUGACCCAGACUACUUCCUGUCCAUGAUGCCUGACUCAAAGAUUCCCACAUUCAACGAGGAUGACGCUGAGAUUAUAUGCGUUGAGAAAUGUCCUGCAAGUGAGGGCGAGGUCGUGGAUUACUACACACAGGAAAAAGUGAACCUGUGUCGAUACGAUGUAGUGCCAUAUGUGGCGGACAUUAAAAAGUGUCCCAAAACACCUGUGCAUGGACACACCAGCAUUUUGAACCGAUGUAUUCCAAAGUACAUUAUUGAUUCCAUCAACCAUACUGCAAAUGUGUUCAUGUCUGAGUCUCCCCUUGGAGAAGCCUACCUUGGAGGCAAUAUACCUCAGAAAAUCUUCUCUGACAUCAAGAACACCUACAUAGAAAUCGGCUAUCUGAUGGGUAUAUCGGUCGGCGUUGCUCUCCUGGUGGUGAUCCUGAUGCGAUUCCUGGCUGCAGUGAUUGUCUGGACACUUGUCAUUGCUGUUGUCUUCUUUUGUCUUGGUGCCACUGCAUAUUGUUGGUACACUUGGUAUUGCCUCUCUGAGGACUUGAAGGCGGCUGAUGAGGUCUACCAGACAGCUGAGAACUAUGAAUAUGUUCAGACAUGGAUGGUGUAUGCUGCCAUUGCUUCAGGCAUAACUGUGAUAGUUCUACUGAUCCUGUUGGUUCUAAGGAAGAGGAUUGGUCUUGUAGUACAGCUGUUUACUGAGGCUGGAAGGGCUAUCGGUGCCAUGCCUUGCCUUCUGCUGCAACCUUUUUGGACACUGAUAGCACUUGUGGUGUUCAUGGCAGGCUUGGGGUUGCUUGCUUCCUUCAUUGAAACAUCUGGUUUACCUAAAGUGAACCCAGUGUCUGGUCAUGUCAAACUUGUUCUGGAGGACUUCUGGACAUAUCUGCGCUGGUACAACAUCUUUGCCAUGUUAUGGUUGGGCAGUUUUAUCGUAGCUUGCCAAGAUCUUGUGGUGGCCGGGGCUGUGUCCAAGUGGUACUUUACCAGAGAUAAGAAGCGGAUUGGUUGCCCGAUAGUAAAAUCCAUUCAGCGCCUGAUCAUGUAUCACCUUGGGUCUGUAGCAUUUGGCUCCUUCAUCAUAGCUCUGGUGAUGCUUGCCAGGCUGAUUCUGGCUUACAUACAGAAACAACUGCAAGGAAAGGCAGGGAAGAUUGUGGAUUUCAUCCUGAAGGUGCUACAGUGUUGCCUUUGGUGUUUCGAGCGAUUCCUCAGAUACCUUAACAGGAAUGCAUACAUAGAAAUUGCAAUCUACGGGUACAAUUUCUGUGCAAGUGCCAAGAAGGCAUUCCUAAUGAUCAUAUCCAACACCCUACGUGUGGCUGCAAUCAACUCCAUCGGUGAUUUUGUCCUCUUCCUUGGCAAACUGGCCACUGUUGCCAUAAUCAUUGUUAUUGGAAAUGAGUUCUUCAAGAAUCGAGAUGACAUUAACUACAUUGCCGUCCCCAUCUUCGUUGCCUGUGCCUUUGCGUUUGCUGUGUCCCAUUGCUUUCUACUCAUCUAUGAGAUCACAAUUGACACAAUCUUCCUGUGUUUCUGCGAGGAUUGUGAGAGGAACGAUGGCUCGGCAUCUAGACCUUACUUCAUGAGCAAGAAUCUCAUGAUCUACUUGGACAAUGCGGAGAAAGCUGGACCAAGUAAAGAGACAAAGCCUGCAAAGAAAAGGAAGGAAACAACCAAAGUUUAAUAGUGAAUGCUGUGGCUUAAAAUUGUAAAUAGGUGGUAUAAUGUUAUCAACUUUGCAUGUAUAAAUGGUUCAAAGUGACAUUAAAUGAAGAAGUAAAUUGAACCUUUUCACAUUCACCCUUGGGAUUGACUACAGUGUAAUGAAACAUGACAUAGUUGAUGGAAUGAGUCCAUCUUGUCAUGAAUGAGCAUAUGGCAACAUAUCUUAGAAUCAAGAAUUUCAGUUAAAUGUAAAAUGACUUUCACAUACUAUCAUAACUGGCAAAAUUAAAUGAAAAUAAAUUAAAAUAUGUUUUUCCUAUUUUUGAAUUGAGGCCAUAAAAUGAAUAUCGAAGUACUUUAAGGGAUUCAUUUUUUGUUUGGCAACAAUUUUUUAAAGUUAACAACAGUGUUAACGUCAUCAUUGUCUACUUUUAAAUUGUUAAUGCUCUGGAUGUUUCAUUCAGAAACCCUUGUGAUCUGCUGUAUUUCUUACAAUAUGAGACAGUGUUUUAUCUCUACUUAUUCAUAUUUCAAUAUGUAAGCACAUCAUCAAAUAUUUUACGUCUAAAAGUUAACAACGAUAUUGUUAAGAACGUUGUAAAAUUUAACAAGGUUCUAGACGAUGUGUUGAUAUCAUGCUUCUAUUUAU